UAAAAAACAGGGCAGAGCUGCGACUGCUUGCCCUGGGUUACGCUUUGCUGAGCAGCAGGCUGCAUCCAGGCUGUUGUGGUGAGAAACUAUCUGAGCAUCCAGCCUGCAGGACUGAUCUAAACUCUUUCUGAACCCCCUUACACCUUGGGCUUCCACCAAGGCAGCAGCCAGUGCCUCGUCCCACUUCCCUCCCAUGACUGGCAUCAUCUCAGCUGGUGAGGGAUGAAGCUAGAGAGGAGAGAGCCUGGGCACUGCAGCUGAAACCUCCUCUGGUAAACAGAACUGGCAGGUCUGCCAGCACAUUUUGCCUGAGAGACGCUUUACAGACCGGUCUCCAGACGUCCACGUCGAAUUUCAGGUCUAGUUAAUCCCCCUUUUAUCAGCGCAGGAAUGUAUUACUUUUCACCAAACUUAAUCCUCUUUGUAGUCAUGUGUUCUGCCAAACUACAAACUUUCUGCUCCCAUCCUUCUUUCUUGGGAGAGGAUUUGAGGCAAUAAUCCGGGCCUACUGAUUUAUUUUUCUAAUGAGCAAGGGACAAAUGAGCGCAGUACUGCAGAACAUGCGCACACAUGAACCUUGAAGCAUUCUGUAGCUGUGACAUGCUUUUGAGGGAUGCCCUGAGCUGAAGGACUGAGGCUGGAAGCAGUGACCUUCUCUCACAGUGGGCCACAGUCUGUGUCCUGAUGCAGGCUGUACUGUGUUUAAGGGCUGGAAGUCAUAAUACCUGCCAUGCUUCCCAUUGUACAAAUAAAAUAGCAAUCUGUGCAGCCCAACACAAAGGAAAGGCACCUCGGGUGUCUCUGCCCAUUCAGAUCUAAAAAGGCAGCCCUGAGCACAUGAGACUUGCUGGGACCUGAGGAUGCUGCGAGCCUCCCAAGCCAGAGCAAGUCCUGUGUCUUGUUUGCACCACCCAGGGAGGAAAAUAUUUUUCCUGCCCUCAUCCCUCAAAAUGCUGAGAGGGUGGGAAUGCUAAAUCUGUGACCCACUCCUUCUUCUACUGCGGUACAAGUAAGCCUUCCCACGAAGAGUUGUUAACCCUAUCUCCCUGCCCCACUUCCAGCCCUUCCUGUGGGGAAGCUGCGACUGACUUGGUGUGCAGCCAGUGAAACACAUGGCACUUGGCAAGUGGCUCCUCCACCGUACCAAGGGCACCUAAAGGCAAUUUAUAAAGCAAGCAGCUUCUUCUUUUAUAAAGGAAGUAGGUUGUAGUGAGGAGGGGACCAGUCUCUUCUACCAUGCCUACAGUGAGAGGAUUAGAGGAAAUGGCCUUUAGCUGAGAUGAGAGAUUCAGAUUAGGUAUUAGAAAAUUGUUUUUCACCGUUUUAGGCACUGCAAUAGGUUUCUAGAGAGGUGAUGGAGUCGUGACCCCUGGAGUGCUUAAAAGGUGCUGGGUCACAUGGUUUAGUGGUUACAGGGGUGAUGCUGGGUUGAUGGUUGGACUGGAUGAUCUUGGAGCUCUCCUCUAUGAGUCUGUGCUUCCUUACGUUCCCUCUGCGCCGCGAGGCCAGGUAGGGCACACAGCAGCCACACGCCCGAGCCCUUGGGUGGGCUGCGCGGGCGGCGGGACGGGACCCGCAGCAGCAGCAGGAGCAGCAUGAGCAGCCGCAGCGGGAACGUGCUCGGCAGCAGGGAGGCGGCGCUUCGCCCUGCCCGACAGGGGCGUUCUCCUCCCGAUCGGGGCGUUCCGAGCCUGGGCCGCGCCUGGGCCAAUCCCGAGCCGCGCGAACGCUACUACGGGCGCCGCAGAGGAGCCCGGCGCGGCGCUGGAGCUGCUGCGGGGCUUUGGUGAAGUUGUUUCGCAUUUGUCCAGAAGGCAAUGGAUCAUGCCAGAGCAGCAAUCUCUAACUUGUUUAGUGGCGAGCCAACAUCAUACACACGCUUCAGCAUUGCCCGGCAAACGGAUGGAGACAACAGCCACGUGGAGAUGAACCUGGCUGCUGAUGAGGAGGAAGGAGGGGAAAUUGGGAGACCAGAGCACCUGCAUGCCAGCAUGCCUCCUCCACGGAGGAAUGGCAAGAACCUCUGCUUCGUAAUCAUGGCAGCUGUCCUCCUCCUUUUGAUUGGGUUUCUGAUCGGCUACUUGAGUUAUCGUGGACGAAUGCAGAGGGUUAACAGGUGCCUGGAUGGAAGUGGCAACUGCGAGAUGACUCCUACUGCAUCUUACUUCUCAGAUGAUGGAGCAGAGGAAGAAGAGGUUCCCGGACCGCGCAUCUUCUACUGGCCUGAAUUAAGAAACAUGUUGUCAUCUAAACUGUCAGUUGCACGUCUUGAGGCCAACCUGAGGCAAAGAGAAGGUAAGAAUUCUUUUGAAGCUGGCAAGUUUGAAGAUGAGAGCACUGCCAGCUACAUUCAUGACCAGUUCACGAGCUUCCACUUGGAUGACGUGUGGAACGAUGAGCACUAUGUUAGGCUGCAGGAUAAAGGCAGUAGCAAGAACCAAGUGUUCAUUAUAGAAGAUGUUCAAGAAGAGUUGGACAGUCCUGAUGCAUACGUGGCAUACAGCAAGAGCGGCACAGUUUCUGGCAAACCCAUCUAUGUGAACUAUGGACGGAAAGAAGACUUUCAGAAGAUACAAAAUUUGCAUGUUUCAAUGAAUGGAACUAUAAUCAUCUUCAGAGCUGGAAAAAUAACCCUUGCUGAGAAGGUUGCAAAUGCCAUGAAGGAAGGAGCAGUUGGUGCCCUGAUGUACCCGGGCCCCUCAAAGGACAGGAAGGCAGAUUCAUAUGCCCCCUUUGGACAUGCCCACCUUGGAACUGGAGACCCUUUCACCCCAGGCUUCCCUUCUUUCAAUCACACCCAGUUCCCACCAGUGGAAUCUUCUGGACUACCUCAAAUUCCUGUUCAAACUAUCUCUAGAGAAGCAGCAGCCAGACUGUUUGGAAAAAUGGAUGGAGACAAAUGCCUUCCGGAGUGGAAUGCUGAUAUCAUGGGAUGUAAGGUGACAGUGAGCAGCAGCAGCAAGAUGACAGUGAAACUGACUGUGAACAACGUCAUAGUGGAUAGGAAGAUUCUGAACAUCUUCGGUGUUAUCAAGGGAUUUGAAGAACCAGACCGGUACGUUGUGCUCGGAGCCCAGAGAGACUCCUGGGGGCCAGGAGCAGCCAAGGCUGGAGUUGGCACUGCCAUCUUGUUGGAACUUGUCCGUGUGAUCUCAGACAUGGUGAAAAAUGAUGACUAUAAACCACGGCGCAGCAUUAUCUUUGCCAGCUGGAGUGCGGGAGAGUAUGGAGCUGUGGGUGCUACUGAGUGGUUGGAGGGGUACUCCACCACGCUGCAUGCCAAAGCCUUCACUUACAUCAACUUGGAUACUGCAGUCCUGGGCUCCAAAGACAUCAAGAUUUCUGCUAGCCCGUUGCUGUACUCAUUGCUGGAGACAAUUAUGAAGAAGGUAAAGGACCCCGCAAGCGAGUCAGGAUACCUGAGUAGCAGACUUGGCCUUGACUGGGUAAAGAAAGUCGUUCCCCUUGAUCUGGAUAAUGCAGCGUUCCCUUUUCUGGCCUACUCAGGAAUCCCAGUGGUUUCCUUUGGUUUCUACGAUGAAGGUGACGAGUAUGCCUUUUUGAGCACCACUGAGGACACUUUGGCUAACCUGAAAAGGAAGACUGACAACUUGUAUCCUCUCAUGCGUACUGCUGCAGAAGUUGCUGGACAAAUAGCUCUCAGGCUGACCCAUGACCACGAGCUCUUCCUGGACUUUAAUAGAUACAGUGACGAAUUGCUAUCAUUCCAGGAGAAGCUUUCGCACUUGAAUCCCAAAGUGAAGGAACUGGGGCUGACCUUGAACUGGCUGUAUUUUGCCCGUGGAGACUUCCAGCGAGCUGCAGUUGCACUGAGAAGAGACAUCGAAAACAGUGACAGGGAGAACAGGAUAGUCCGCAGAGCCCUGAAUGACAGGAUGAUGAAGGUGGAAUACGACUUCCUCUCUCCAUACCUCUCACCAAAAGAUGCUCCCUUCCGCCACAUCUUCUUCGGCAGAGGCAGCCACACCCUGAAAAGUCUGCUGGAGAACCUGGAGCAGCUGGCAGACAACAAGACCAGCGUGGAUGUGAAUGAGGUGAAAGAGCAGCUGGCCCUGGCGACCUGGACCAUUAAAGGAGCUGCCAAUGCUUUAGUGGGCGAUAUCUGGAAUACAGACAACGAAAUCUAGACACGGCAAACACCUGGAUUACCCGUCUAAGGUACAGGAGAGCUGUGUGCUCUCACAGGGAGCACAGCUUCCUUCCUGGCCCUGGUCCCAGCAGAGGGCCUUGCUGUGUAGAUCUAGUUCCACCUAUAGCAACACACACAAACUCCCUGUACCUCAGAUUAGGCAUUGGCAUGAUUUUUAAAUGGCAGCUUCUUGCAGAUUUCCAGUACCUUAUAUAUCGUAAAACCUAACCAAACCCCCUGAAACCUAACUGAAACCCACUUCCUAACAUGGCAUUACUUUCCUGUAGAUAUUCUGGCAACAAAACGUUUUUGACCAAAGUUGAACGUAAAAUUUAAAUCUCACCUAGACAAAUUCACAGGAGGCAGUUUUGAAGCAGUACUAAGAUUACCAUGAAGUCUCUGACCAGGCUCCCACCUAACCUCAGUCCAAACCGGUAAUGUACAGCUGCUCCAGUGUACUUAAAAACUAAGAGCUCAGGUGUUUCCUGAACUGGUACCUUGAGUGGGGAGGUACCUCAUCUAUUCAGGCUUUUAAUUGUUGGCCACCUAAACCUAGUGACAAAACAGGGAAUGGAUUCAUCUGAACAUUUUUAACAAGGAUCCCUUCUCUGGCAGGGAGCUGCAGUUCAAAAAUUAAACAAUGUAGUAAUAGCCCGCAAGUGCUGGAUUAUCAGCAAGCUCUGAAGUGCCUGCCUGCCUUUACUCAACAGCAGGGUCCCAGUGACAUCUUGCAGGCUUGCUUCUGCCAAGGCAGGUAUCAAUACCCAGGGAAAAUGACCCAAAGAUUAUCCAAUGUCCCCUUGAUAUCCUCGGCUGGCACCUCAGCAAGUCCUGCAGCAGCAAAGUCUUUAGACUGGCACUUCAGACCUUGCUGCCUCAGGGGCCUUGUUUGAAAUCAAGUCUCUUGCUGGCCAAACUCUGUUUGACUGAUGUCAUUUUGCAGGUUGGCUCUUGUUUGGCACUGAGAUAUUUAUUUCUUUAUUUAUUUAUCAGUGACAGUGUUCACUAUAAAUGGUGUGUUUUUUUAUAGAAGAUAAUUAUCGGAAGCAGUGCCUUCCAUAAUUAUGACAGUUAUACUGUCGUUUUUGAAUAAAGCAGCAUCUGCUAUUACAAUCAAACAUGAUACUGGAACUUUGCAUUUAAAAUAAUCAAAACAAGACCCUCAAAAAGUUUUGGAAAACUAGCAAUUAAGCUUUCUGUGGCGAAAACACCCCUCUGGAAGAAACUUGAAGGUGCAAACCCUGGUAGUGAGUGUCCAGGUUUUGCUCCAAAGUAAUUCUUAAAAUGCUGAAAACCUGGGUGGAAAUUCCAGUACUAGAAAUUUGUCUCCCUUGCAGGGUUUGUGCCCCUCUGUGGGCUUCAGACUUGUUCCUGCUCCCCUUUCUGGAUGCCGUGUGCUCUCACAGGGAGCACAGCUUCCUUCCUGGCCCUGGUCCCAGCAGAGGGCCAUGAUGUGUAGCCCUAGUUCCACCGGUGGCAACACACAGAAACUCCCCGUACAUCAGAUUAGGCAUUGGCACAAUUUUUAAAUGGCAGCUUCCUGCAAACUUCCAGUACCUUAUGUAUCAUGAAACCUAACUGACAUUAUCGGGGGCAGUGUCUCCCAUAAUGUGUAAAGAACAAGGUAGUUUUUGCCUACCACAGUGUUAUAUCGGAGGCAGUGACCUCCAUAUGUUGCACUAUGGGUGUAUGUAAUUAUCGGGGACAGUGUUUCCCAUAAUUGUUCUAUGCUUAUCACGCAAUGUCAUCUGCGAAGCUUGAUGGUUAGUAUCUAACAUGGAUUAAUUUCCUGCAGUCCUAUUUUUUCACUCUCCUGUGGUGAUGCAGAUACAAUCUUCAGUCUGUUAUGUACAUCCUUAGACACUUCCUUCUCCAUAGGCUGAACUGUUUCAAAUAGCUGUGCUGUCUUGAAUUGGCUUCCUGCCUUCAGUCACGAGAGUGGUGCUUGAGUGUUUAGUGGAAACUAGGCAAGUUAGACUGUGUGCUUUGUGGUGUUGUAAACUUCCUUCCAAUUAGUUACAAAGACCUGAGGAAUUAAAGGUGAGUGUAGGGCUUGGGGCUGACAGCUGUCUGGAGGGCUCUGGUCACUGCUCUGGAUGGGUACAUGUAGCACUUUGGGAGGCUGGCCUGCUGUGGCACUGGGAGGGUGCUGGUGUGUGUGCGUGGGCUGCUCACUCUCCAGUUCUGGCUGGAAAUUCCAGUCUUGCCCCCUUGGGUGUUGAAUGGAGGGAGGAAAAUCAGUGUCAGCUUUCUAAUGGUGCCACUCUGCUGUGUGACCUGAAGCUGAGCACCACUGAUGUGUGACACCUGCUAAACUGCACUGCCCGUUCCCAGGGGCCGUUGCCUGUACUUUGCAGUUUGAUUUGGCAUUUAAACCUAACCCGCAGCUUAGUUUUAACCUAAACUCUGCAGUUUGAUCUGGCAUUUAAACCUAACCUGAGCGAGUGACCUGAGCCCCAGCAGUAGUAGGAAAGAACACUGCUCAGCUGGAGCUCUGCAAGGAAAGGGCAGGGACUGGCCCCCAGCCUUGUUACUGAGCUCAGUGCUCCCCAGCUUGGAGGGCUGGAUUUUCAUCUAGAAACCUGAUGCCCAGGCUUUUGCAACUUGUUGCUCUUCCUUAGUUUCUCUUAACUCUCUAACUUCCUACAGCCCUGUCUGUGUUAGUGUUUUCUCUGACGUUCUAGUUUCUAGUGACAUUUCUCUGGAUGGCAUCUAAGAGCUGCUGUCUGGGAGUCCUCACUGUGGUGUUUGCAUGCAUCUUGAUGUCAAACUUAAUCUUGUGCUUUAUAGCCAGCAGAGAGAGACAAAAGACAAAGCUUGUCUCCUGGCUAGGCAGCACAGCCGUGACUACUGGGAUGUUGGGAUGCCUUGCUCAGUGCUGGCAUCUGACUGCUGUGGGGUGCUAAACUGUUUCUGGAUUUACCUGCUGUUUGCUUGAAUAAAGUAUUUUUGAAGCUUGAACACUCAGUUUCUCUUGUGGGGUUCUGGAUUACCUGCUGUCUGCUUUAAUAAAGAUGUUGAAGCUUGAACACUCA